AUGCCUACAUUCAAAUUGUCGUUUUGCUCUGUUCUCGAUGUUUCGGGCCCCGGCCCAGGAAUUAAGAAAGGACAUCAGGACCCAAGGCCCAGGGCCCACUAUCAUUCAUACACGAAAACGACGCACCGUGUCCGAAGUAGGGGUCCACGCGCAGUUUAG